ACAAAAGAGGUCCGAAUGAGAUAUAUGGAACCCCCACCUCCAAAUUCACCAGUCGCCAUAGAACUCACGGAAAUCUGCUCGAAAUACUCGAUGAAAUUCGGGUAUUUUAGCAUCACUGUCAUUUCAUACAAUGCCUCUCUUGCAUGACAGACGGCAGAUGGCUCAGAGUGACAUUGUUAAACCGAUUUUUACUUCCACCGCCUGAUCAUACGAUCAUGAUAGAGUAGCAUCUCUUUUAAGCCGAGCCAUCGUUUACUACUGUCAAGAUGAGCGUCGGUCCUGCAGGUGUUGCUGAGCUGUUCAACCUACUCGAAUCUAAUAAACUCGGCGAGGUCGAGGAGAUCAAGAAAGUAUUUCAUGAUCAUUUCUUAUGCACAAAAGAUAGUUGGUUGGUAAAUGGAUUAUUUGAUUAUUACCUUUCUACAAACUCCUUAAGGACCGCUGAAGUAUUAGCAGGAGUCCGAGAUCCGCAUGACAAACAUCUUUUAGAUCGCUUAUCUGACAUUUUAUCAAAAUCUGGCAAUAGUGGACAGAGAAUACAGGCCCUCACCUUGCUUGGUCAUAUAGCUAGGCGUCAACCUACUUGGUUGUACAAACUAACCAGUCAUCCUUUAUUCAAAGAUCUACUCAAAUUACUUAAGGGAUUAAAUAGAGUACAGUUCUACAAGACUGUAUUUUUCAAGGUGGAGGCAGAUAUAUUACCACUUAUGAGUGCCCUUCUUCUGUUAGUAAUGUUGUUACCAAUGUUACCUGCUGCUCUAGGGCCGUAUCUGCCAGAAAUAUUUGAGGUAUUCGGCCGCUUAACAUCUUAUUAUCAUCAUCAAUCGUCCUUACUUCCUCUUUCUACUCCUUUUAUUUCAACCACAGUACCAAACAUCAUCGACAAGGACCAUUUGUACCUCAUACAUUUGCAGGUAGGAUUAUGCAGCUUAUUUCAUAGACUGUACGCAUUGUAUCCUUGCAAUUUUAUAUCAUACCUGAAGCAACAGUACAUCCAGCGUGAUCAAUUUGAAUCAUUGGCUCAAACAUUUACUCAUACUAUCAGGCCGAUGUUGGAGUCUGUGCGUAUGCACCCUUUACUUGUUACAGCAUCCAAAGAUGCAGAAAUUUCAUCCAAUAGGUGGAAAAAAAUGGAACAUCAUGAUAUUGUGAUAGAAUGUGGUCGUUUUACGUUAGACAAAUGUCGAGAGGAAAUACUAAGCGUAGCUAAUCCUCGGUGUACUCCACCUUUAGAUCAAUCUUCCAUCGUUUGUGCGCCAAUAAACAUAGGAAUAACAAAUACGGAAAUUAUCAAUCAGGAAGAGGAAACAUUCUGGUCACCGAGCACGGCGAUACCGCCACAUACGCCACCGCCUCAAAAUACAUCUCACGAACCACGCUCCGCCCCGCCGACGCCUAAUAACAAUAGAAGCGGUACUUCCCCACCCGAAGCCGCCAUCGAAGCUACCCCAGAGACAACUCCCGUUAAGGAUCUACGAAAGCUAUCAACGAGGCAAGCACCUUUGGUGGCAUCUAGUGCAGUGCGUGCUCUCAACGCAUUGGGCAAUGGUACAUCCUCACGGCCGUCAACGCCCACCUCUGUAAACUCCUCUUCCACCUCUGGAGUGAAAAAUACGGAUAUUCCAACGAACACACAUGGAUUUCUUUCACAGAGGCUAAGUAAAAUUAUGUCGGAUAGGCAGUCGCAAAAAUUAAUAAUUAAUAACGAAGAGAACGCGAGGUUCUUAGAAAUGGCUGUAAGUCAGAAUGGGAAAACUGAUUCCUGGCAAGAAGAUCAAGAGGUAUUGGAAAUUGUUAGUUCACAUGGCAAUGGAUCAGUUGAAAUGCCAAAAUACGUCGAACCGCAGCCUGAGACACGAAGUGAGAAGAAUACGUAUGGUGCUUUCGCCGAUUUAUCGCAGAAAAUUUAUCAGCUUCUGCAUUCUCAAUGCCGUCUCCCAGUAAAAGACUCAAAUUCAAAUGUAACGCACAAGAUUCGGCACUCCAAAUCUUGUCCAGACAUAGAAAUGCAGAAGAAAUGUAAUAGUGAAAAUGUAAGCGAUCAAGCUAAAUCAGUAGAAACGAAUAAACACGAGGACGCCAGCAUUCAAACCAGCAAUCUGUUCCCGUACGAGCAUUUGUUGCUGGGAAUGUUGGAUCAGAACAGCCAAAAUAUUAGUCAAGAAAGUUCUGAUUCGAGAUUGUCGCCGAUCAGCAUGCUCGAUCGUUAUAUUGAGGCUUGUACGAGAGUGAAUAGCUUCCCUAGCAAUAACAGCAAAACGAAAACAAACAGUGCUAGGCAGAAACAAAAAAAGAAAGGAGAAGAGGAUACGGAAGAAGACGGAGCGGACGAUGAUAAUAUAGAUCAAUUGCUUCAACUUAUGCAAAUGCAGUUGCAGUUCGAGCGACAACGGCGAGAAGUUCAUGCCGAGCGUAACCGGCGUUUGCUUGGCAAAUUGAGAGACUCGCGAGCUUCAGAAGAGCAUAAUCUUGCUUUGACUGAACGUUUGAAAAUAUUAGAAAAAGAAGUGGAAAAUUUGAAAGCGUUGUUGGAGCUAAAUAAAAGGGAAACGCAUCAAGCUGAGGAACAAUAUAAAGAAGCUAUGCAUCAGUGGCAAACUAAAGGCGUCGAAGAACAACAACAAAGUCGCGCGCUUAAGGAUCGCUUAGAAUGUCUGGAAUUGGAAUUAAAAAGCGAACAAAAGAAGGCAGCUGAAACGCAGCAACAACUUCGUUCUACCGAAGCGGACCUUUUCAAUGCAGGACACCAGCUUAAAGCAGCGUUAAAAGCUGCAGAUCGUGGUAAAGAAUUAGAACGCAUUGUUGAGACAAUGCAGAAAAAAUUCGUACUUUGGGGAGAGGCGCAGUUAAGAUUAGAAGAAAAUACAGGCACUUUCUCGCCAACGAUUAAGCAAGAAGCGACGCAAGCUCAGAAAUCGUAUACAGAAGAAUUGAAUAAUAUGCGGCGACAAUUGGAAUCACGAACGUCGCAUUUGGAAGCGUUGAAAGCACGUUUGAGUGAGUUAGAAAAUAAGGAAGCGCGGAAAGAAAGCCAACUGGUGGAGCUGCAACGGCUCUUGCAAGAGACCAAGGAGCGACACGCGUCCGAAUUGGACGCCGUCGCGUCAAAGUAUCAAGCACAAGUGGAGAUCAACUUGCUUCUGGAAGGUCGUAUACUCGAACUUCACGGUAAAUUGGAGACCGCCACGUGCUCCAACACUUCACCCAUGGCGAAUCCUGCUUCUUCGGCAUCGCCUAAGGAACGAUCCCCGCCUCUAUCGACCAGUUUGGCCUCAUCCAGCGAGGGUAGCCUAGCGUUUAUCCAUCCGGGCGUCGGGAGUAUCAUAAACGAUUGCUGCGAUACCGCGACAGGCGAGAUUUGCAACCUGCAAGCUAUGAUAGAGCCUGUGCCGAGUAGCAGCCAAGCCACGUCACCGUCACGUUCUGUCACUCGACGACCGUCGAUGCCGAAGCAAGAUUAACGAAACGGAAACGUUCACUGUGACGUGAGCCCCUUGUAUACCGUCGAUAAACGAUAUACGGAAUUAUUAUCGAAGAUUAAUGCGUGUGAAUGCGCCGCGCCCAUUGCCAUUGGUGCCGCGGUAUGAACGGAAAGAAAGUUAUUUGUAGCUUUUUAUCGAUAGAGUAGACGAGAUUCGUAAGAAAGUUGCUAAUCGACUGAUUGCGAUCGAACAGGCAUGCUAAGUUUGUUAGCAUUGAUAUAUCUCCGCUCUUGGAAAAAAUGGAUUCACAGUGAAUAAAUGGUUGAGAUAUUUUGCUGACCAA